AUCCCCUAGUUACGGCCUCCUACUCGCGCCCGGCUCUGUGAGGUGCUCUCCGCCUCGCUUGGUUAUUGAAUCUCCGGUCUCCGUUCACGGUGUCCGCCAUGGCUUCCAGUCCCAGCGUCUUCUUGCUGAACGUUACCGGGCAGAUUGAGAGCGCCGAGUUUCCAGAAUUUGACGAGCUCUACUGCAAGUACUGCUUUUUCUACGGGCACGACUGGGCCCCGACCUCGGGGAUUGAAGAAGGCAUAUCUCAGAUCACCUCCAAAAACCAAAGUGCGCAGCAGACCCUAGUAUGGAAUUUCCCAAUCGAGAUCACUUUUAAAAGCACCAACCCGUUUGGCUGGCCGCAGAUCGUGUUGAGUGUCUAUGGGCCGGACGUCUUUGGGAAUGAUGUGGUGAGGGGAUACGGUGCGGUUCAUCUACCGUUUACACCUGGCAGACAUAAAAAAACGAUCCCCAUGUUUGUUCCGGAGUCCUCGUCCAAGCUACAAAAGUUCACGAGCUGGUUUAUGGGUCGUCGGCCAGAAUUCACAGACCCGAAGGUCGUGGCCCAAGGAGAAGGUCGAGAAGUCACCCGAGUCCGUUCACAAGGAUUUCUGACCGUCGCCUUCAACGUUGUGACCAAAGACCUCAAUAAAUUGGGCUACAAUAACAUUUCUCCUGCUUCUCAAACCUCUGCGAUCGUUCCAAAACCAUAGGAAAUGCAC